UGUAGAGUUCAAGUUUUGCUCUCAUCUGCCUGAUCAACGCAAAGGGAUUUUCACCCGAGGACAACGACGUAAGGUGGACUGGGAUCUGAUUUAGCUUACAAACCACCUCGCCACACGCCGCAGCACGAGCUACCUCCCCCUGGUGACAAUUGGAGCCGCACGUGUUUGAAAGCCUUGCGGGUGCUUUUUUGACCUAUUCCCAACAAUGAGCACAACCGACAGCGCACCGCCGUCAACAGCCGCCGACCUCCUUUCGUCUGCGGAGAACGACGGCGCGUCAUGGGAGGAUCCUCCAGAUUUUAAUGGCGAGGAAUUUGAUGCAUCGUGGCAGGGAGAAGAAGAAUUUGAAGGGGAAGAUUGGGGUUUCUAUGAGGAGGGUCUGGAGGAGUAUGACGGAAAGCAAGAGACUUUAUAUGAUAGCAUAUUGGAUACAAGAGAGGAUGAGAAAGUAGAUGAUGACUCUAGCAAGGAGGCGAGUGGGACUGCCGCCAUUGACGCGAAGGGUCCAACAGAGCAACAAGAAGGAAUACCAAAAGUGGCGGCUACAGAACCAUCUUCUGUUCCAGCUGAUUCCACUGCUGCAGUAUCGGCCACUGAUCGCUCGCGCGGUGUGCAAGAUUCCUCAAGGGGAGCAUGGCGAGGUCGAGGUGGAGGCAUGCGAGGACGGGGAACAGGAUUCCAACGAGGUCAAAUGUACGGCGGUUACCGAAUGUACAAUGGAAGACCAGAUAUGCCAAUGUACAUGCCGCAGUCUCCUGUGGGACAUAAAAUCUACAUCAAUCCUGCUAAAUUCAUGUCCUUGCCACCUGGGUUCCAUCCCUAUGCACAUCCCAAUAUGAUGAGGGGCCGGGGAAUGCCUUAUGCGCAGAGGAUGGGGAUGCGAGGGUUUGGCUAUGGGAAUGUAGGGAAUGUGCGGGGAAGAGGGAGAGGCGGGUUUAUGCAACAGAAUCUUCCUCGGGACCGUGGUCCAGAUGCUAUAGCCCAACCACACACAUACCGUCCAGCAGCCCGUCCUACACCCCCAAUGGGCUCACCAGCACCGGAUAGCCCUUCCCCCCGCAAAAGAGCUAUAGAACCCUCAGUAUCCACUCCAGAAGCAAAAAAGGCGCGCGCGGAGGGUGGCAAUCAACCGCAGAGUCAGUCACCAGCACCGAAUCCGAAUCCGAAGAGCACUAAUAACAAUAUGAGUGGAGUGCCCGCACCACAAGGAAAUGCACCACCUCCCACAACAACGGUCAAUGCACUGCCGGGUACUGUGGCGAUUGUGAGGCAGUUGGGUCCUGGCACAGCACGAGGGGAUGUGGAGAAAUUUGCUAGACCGUUCAAGUUUCUCCAAUUUGAUGAUAAAGCGCUUGAAGCAAGGAUCGGAUUUGCGACACCGGAACUGGCUACCAUUUUUCGACGAAAGUUUAACAAGAUUGAAGUGAAUGGGAGUCGGAUUACGAUAUCUAUUGAGUGAGUCUUGCACAUCAAAGGUAGGAGUGCAGGGCGAGGGUGCUGAGACUUGUAAACAUGACGGUGUCUGUUCGUUUUCAAAGGGGAAUACAAAGUUGCGUUUGGGUGAUUGUACCCUUUAUUUAUAUUUGUGAGUCUGUAUUUGGUGAUAUGAACAUGAGGCGGGGAUGCUUUCAAGCAAAUGUCAUCUUUGAAAGAUGUGCAUAUUGGAAAUAAGACUGGAG